AUGCCCAAAGGUAUCAUCACCGCCUUGCGCAUUUCCAGUCUCGUGGCUCAUUCCGCGGCUCAGUCCGUCCUCUGCGUGUUCUUCCACCACCUUCCGUUUUCCCUGAUAUCUCUGACUGUGCCCUCCUUCCUUCCCAGGCGCCUACACCGCACGUUCAGCAGUGGUUCUUUCGUUCCCAAUGCUGCCAUCUCCCUCCCUCCCUUCCUCCCCCCCCCCCAUCCCUCCCUCCCUCCUCCUCCCCUCCUUCUCUAUCCCUCCCUCCCUCCCUCCCUCCCUCAAUCCCUCCCUCCCUCCCUCCCUCCCUCCCUCCCUCCCUCCCUCCCUCCCUCCCUCCUUUCCCCUAACCCUCCCUCCCCCCAAGGCGCAUACACCACCACUCGCACGUUCGGCGGCGGUUCCCACCUUCUCCUGUGGGACUUCCACGUCGAUAGAGUCACUCAGUCGCUGUUGCUGCUCGCCGAAGCUCACCCGGAGCUGUUCCCGAACCUGUCACCGAACCUGCUGUCAAUCCGUCACGAGGCGCAGGAAGAAGAGGUCUCUCAAGAGGAGGAUCAGAAAAAGCCGGAACAAAUCAGAGAUCUGGUUGCUGAUUUGCGCAAAGAUAUUAAAGCGUCCGUGUUUGCAGCUGUGCAAGAAAUGGUGGAGUGUGAUUGGUGGAGGAGGAACGUCCAGGGAGAGCAGAAUGGGGAACAGCAGGAACAGCCACAGCAGCAGCAGCAGCAGCAGCAGCAGCAGGUGGAGAUCUGUCUUAUGAUUCUUCUCUGUGGUAAAAAAGUGUUCGUUGCUGAAGCCGCCACAGCUGCUACAGCUCCAGUAAUCAGAGAAACUGCAGAAACAGAAGCAACUGCAGCGCAUGCACGAGGCGUUGAGGUGUAUGUGCAUGCCAGCACGGUUCGCACCACGAGCCCCUUGCCAUCCCUCUCCCUGCCGCCACCCGUCUGUGCUGCUGUCAUGGGGCCUGGCCGAGACACUCCACUCGCAAAAUUCUCCUCAUGGCCCCUCACGUGCGUGGAGAGGGGCAUUCCUCUGCGCAUCAAGACCCCGCGGUGGAACAAGCGUGCCUUGUGGAUGGAGGCUUUUGUAACAAGUGACGCGUUAGCAGAUCACCGCCACGAGGAGUUUCGAAUUCGCGAAUUAGCGACAGAGGCAACGAAUUCAUGCGGCGAACUAGAGGAGGAACCGAGUGAGCAGCAGCAGGAGGAGCUGCAACGGCAGCAGCCGCAUCAGCAGACGCAACAGAACGAACAGCAAAACCGACAGCGCAAGCUGCAGCAGCAGCAGCAGCAGCAGCAACAGCAGCAGGGGAGGCGGGCGUUCUGCGUGGAGUGUCACAAGGCGACGAGCGUGUGCAUCUGUGACCGCUUCGGCGAGCCCGUGGACAACCGCGUGGGCGUCACCAUCCUGCAGCAUCCCAAGGAGAAGUACCACCCGCUGGGCUCGGCGCGCAUUGCGCUGCUGGGGCUGCAGCGCGUGGGCGUGGUGGUGGUGCCGCUGGGGCGCGGGCGGCCGGGGUUGCAGCCCAAGGACCCCUGCUCCCGCCGCUCGCUCUUGGGGCGGGAAGAGCAGGGGUAUCUGGAGGGGCGAAUGCUGCAGGAGGUGGAGGAGCCAAAGCAGGGGCGGUGGGUGGACCAAGCGCAGGGGAAGGGAGAUUCGAGUGAGAAGAGCAAUGCAAGGGAUGGGGAAGCAAGCAUGGGCACAGGUGGAGGGCUUAUGGUUGCCACUGCGGAUGGUGAAAGGGGUGAGGUGAGAGGGGCUGAAGUGGGAGAUGGCGAAGUGGGAGAGGGAUGUGUGGAGAACGGAGUAGUACGAGAAGAGAGCAGGGAUGUAGGAGCGAGUGGCCCAGUUAUGGGUGAGGAGCAGGGAGGAGAAACAGGAGAUGGGGCGUCAGCAGAUGAUUCAAGCUUCAAUCUAAGCUUUGACCUCCUGCCGUUUGCUGCUGCUGAUGGGGCUGAUAGUGACAAUGGCGCCGGUACCUUUGGUAGUGAUCAUUAUGCUGAUGGGAGCAGUGAAGAGGAUGGGGGUGGUAUGGAUCUGCAUCGUCCGUUGGUAGCCAGCCAUCGGAAGCGCUGA